AUGCCAAUACCUACUUUGACUGACUGGAUGGGCCUGCUUGCCGAACAGCCAGGACAGGAAGGUCUUGUAGAACCAUCCACCCUUGCCGCCUUUGCCGCCCCUGGCCUCCUUCUCGGCGGCCUUGCGCGCCAGGAACUCCUCCUCCUCACGAUCAAUGAUGUCCUUGCCCGUGUAGAAGUCGGCCUCGUGGGGCUUGACGCCGCGAGUCUUGUAGUAGAACUUGUGGCCGAAGAUGAGGAUGAGGUAAAGAGGGAUACCGAGGUAACCGGUGAUGAAGGUCUUGUACUUCUCCUUGCCAAAGUCGCCGCCGACGAAGACAUCGUAGUUCUUGGUAAGAGCGACGAUGAUGCAAAGGGCCAGAGCGCCGUAAGAGCCCCAGAUACCGAGGGGGGCGACGUAGGGAAGGAUCUCGUUGGGGAUGUUCUGGGCCUUGCGGGCCUUGCACCACCAGAUGUGGGUGACAAGGAUCGAGAUCCAGGUCAGCAGACCGAAGAUGGUAGUCAAGUUGACGAAGUAGCUGAAGACAGCCUUGGAGUCGUUGGAGACGUUCAUGAAGGCCAACAGCGCGAAGAGGGCAGAGAAGCCGAGAGCGUAGAUAGGGACGCCACGCUUGUCGGUGCGCUUGAAGAUGGCGGGGGCAGAGCCAUCAGACGCCAGUCCGUAGAGGGUACGGCUGGCGAUGUACAGAUCCGAGUUGGACGCGGAGAAGACGAAGACGCAGAUGCAGGCGUUGAUGAUGUCGGGGAUGACCUUGACACCUGCAAGCUUGGCAGCGACGACGAAAGGCGAAGCGGAGGCACCGGCUUGGGCCUUGUUGGCGAAAGCGAGGUCCGGGGAGUUGUAGGGAACCAGCAUGCCGAUGAGAAGAACACUCAGGCAGUAGAAGAACAGGAUACGGUAGAAGGUCAGCUUGAUCGCACGGGGGAUGGUCUUGCGGGGGUUCUGGGCUUCGGCGACAGUGACACCGACAAGCUCAGUGCCCAGGUAGGCGAAGGUGGCGUUGACCAUGCAAGACCAGAAACCGAGGAAACGGCCAGAAUCGCCAGUGUCGAUGUACUCCCUGAAGGCACUGAGGGAAUAUUAGCCGAGGUGCACAACUCAUUAGCGGAAGCCUUUGCGGUCGUGGUCGGGACCACCGCCAAGGGCCAGGAUGAAAGAGAAGAGGAUGAUGCCAACGAUGGUGAUGACCUUGAAGCUGGAAAGCCAGAACUCAAACUCGCCGAAGAACUUGAUGCCAAAGUAGUUGAUUGCGAUGAUGACGACAAGGAAGAUGGCGAUGAAGACACCCGGGUUCACAGUUUCGCGGUCUACCCAGAACUGGAUGACGAGGGCAGCGGCCCCAAGCGCAAAACCAAGCGAGGGAUCGCAGAACCUCGAGGCGUAACCGGUGAAACCAGAAGAGAUGGGGAGCCAAGCGGCCAUCUCACCGAGACCAGCCAUAACAAGGAAGACGAUGAAACCGACGAGAGUGUACGAGAUGAAGACGGAGCCGGGGCCGGCCUGGGCGAGGGCCUUGCCGGUUCCGAUGAUGAGACCGGUACCGAUGGCACCACCGAUGGCAAUCAUGGUGAUGUGGCGGGCCUUGAGGCCGCGGUGCAGCGCCGUGUCGGCGCUGGUCUCGAGGCCGCGGAUGUGGACAUUUUCGGUGUCGUAGGUCUGGGUGUGGUAGCCCGUUUUCUCGACAUCGUGGGCGCCCUCCGAGGAGGACGUCCGCUUGACGAGGCCGUCGCUCAUGGUUGCUAG